UCCAUCCACUCUCUCUCUUCCCCCUCGCUCUCACUUACAUGUUCCCCCUUAUUCACGAACCGGUGGAGCCAGAUUCUCUCUGGACAGGCACCUCAAUAUUCCUCAUCUGGUCUUUAAUUUUAACUUUUAAAUCCUCUUGCAGAGGAAUACAUAGUGCUCAAAAAGUUAUAAAGAUGCCCUCUGGUUCAAAUUCGAUAAGAAUAUCCGUACGAGGGAUCCCAUUUCUUGUGUGAUUCGCGCUAUUCCUCGUUUCCGUAUUGGUUGAUUGUUUUGUGGAGUUUUAUCGCGGUAAGGCAGGGUACAAGAAUAUUGAAAACGUAAACGUUGCAGACGAAAGGAUUUGUUCUUUCUCUAGGGUUCUUGGGAAGUGCGAACAUGAGGUUUGAAGGAGAAAUCCACACUGAAGUAGAGGAGGAGGCUGAAGAGAAAGAAGUGAAUUCAAUGGGCGGGUCUCCACAGCAACAGAAACUAGUGGUUGGGUAUGCCUUGACGUCCAAGAAGAAGAAGAGCUUUUUAAAGCCGAAUUUUAUUACUCUUGCCUGGAGUAAGGGUAUAUCUUUUGUUUCCAUUGAUCUAAACAAACCAUUGUCCGAACAAGGUCCCUUUGACAUUGUUUUGCAUAAGCUGUCAGGGAAGGAGUGGCGUGAAGCUAUUGAGGACUACAGGCAAAAACACCCUGAAGUUAUCAUUGUUGAUCCUCCAGAUGCAAUUCAACACUUGCAAAAUCGCCAGUCCAUGCAGCAAGUUGUGGCAGAUUUAAACUUAUCUGACUGCAAUGGCAAAGUCGGCAUUCCGCGACACUUGGUCAUCACAAAAGACCAGUCGUCCAUUCCUUACGAAGUUGCUAAAGCUGGAAUGAAGUUGCCACUAGUUGUAAAGCCUUUAGUUGUGGAUGGCAGUGCAAAGUCACACGAACUAUUUCUUGCUUAUGAUGAGUUCUCUCUUUCAACGCUUGAACCUCCAUUGAUUUUGCAAGAGUUUGUCAAUCAUGGUGGUCUUCUCUUUAAGAUUUAUAUUAUUGGGGAAACCAUAAAGGUUGUUAGGCGUUUCUCUCUGCCUAAUAUCAAUAAACAUGAUCUGUCAAAAGUGGCUGGUGUAAUCCAAUUUCCAAGGGUUUCAAGUGCUGCAGCUUCUGCAGAUGAUGCUGAUUUAGAUCCCAAUAUUGCUGAAUUUCCUCCAAAACCCUUGUUGGAAAGGCUUGCAAGGGAGCUUCGUCAGAGAUUGGGUCUCCGCUUGUUCAACAUGGAUAUGAUCCGGGAACAUGGGACCAAGGAUGUCUUUUACGUCAUUGAUAUCAACUACUUCCCUGGAUAUGGAAAAGUACCAGACUAUGAGAAUACAUUUACAGAGUUUCUUCUUAGCCUAGCGCCCAGCAAGUGUAAGAGGAGACCGCCUACUCUCGGAUGAAGGAACUGUACAUAGAUCCGUUAAAGGUUUCUUGAGUGAGAAGUGGGAAACACUAGGCUUAACAUCAUCUAAGUGCAGCUUUGAUGUCCGAAAGUUCCUUUUAAGAAGGGCUAUCAUUUUAUUUUUCUGGUGAUAUAUUUUAGGAUUUAAGACGCUUUUGGUUUAUCUAGUUUUUGCAAAACUCAAUUUUGCCCUCUUAGAGCAAUCUAAUUCUGAUUCUUAGUCACAUAUUCGCC